GCGAGCGUCGUCUUCGCCGACCAUGACGCGGCCGUCAUCUUCGUCGAGACCUUACACGUCCUCAGGGCAUCCCGCCUCGGCACGUCCUACCACGUCCCGAGCUGACCAUCCGGACUACUUCGACCGCGACCAGCAGUAUACGGCUUACUCGCAGGAUUAUUCCGUCGAAGACGAGGACGAGGAAUCAGAGGCAGAGGAUGUCUUUGCUUUUGGGCCACCGGGCACUGCAGAAGCGGAGCCACACGCCGUCUCCACUACCGUCCCCCCUUCGCUUGUCCACCCACCCGUGUCCUUCCCGCCACCCGCCUUUGAUCCUCAUGCAACCUAUCCUAACUUCGUUAUGACUGGUCCUUCCUCAUUACACACACGCCACCCAUACCCCAUGAGCCCUCAGGUGGAGACUCCGCCCUCGACAGACUCUCAGACGGGCGACGAUCCUUAUCGCAUGCGACGCGUAGCACAGACUAAUUCAACAUCGACAUCAACUACACAUACGGGGACAGCACAUGCAGGAAGACGCUCCGCGGUGAGCUCCGCUGUCAGUUCUAGAGAGGUACACAUCUCUCUUCCCCGAACAAAAGAUCGCAUUGAGGAAGAGCAGCCGGAUGACCCGCAGAAAAGUCGACCACCAUCCUCAGUGACAAGUUUUCCAAGCUUAGACUCGGGAGCGGAAUCCAUCAAGAUGGAGUUCGACUUUGACGGUAUAGAAGAGGAAGACAGCCCAUAUCCAGAAGUCCGCGCCUCGGUCUCGAAUAUAGAUGAUCCGGAGAUGCCGUGCUUGACAAUGCGGAUGUGGUUCAUUGGGAUGCUGUUGAUAUUGGUUACAGGAUCAGCGAACGUCUUCUUCAACUUCCGACAACCUGCACCAGCAAUAUCCACGAAUGUCAUACUGCUUUGCGCACAUCCCCUAGGGAAACUUUUUGCCUUCUUCCUUCCCAUCACAACCUAUCGCUUUCCCCGCUGGCUCGGCGGCCUCGAGUUUUCUCUGAAUCCUGGACCGUGGAACAUUAAGGAGCACGCUUGUGUUUUCAUGAUGGCGAACGUCGCGUCUGGUGCACCAUAUGCAAUUAACGCCGUUGUUGUCGCAGAGAUCGACUACGGGAGAAGGCUGUCGUACGGAUUCAGCGUGCUCUUAGUCAUGGCUACCCAGAUGACCGGGUUCGGUGUAGCAGGGCUCUGCAGGAGGGUGCUUGUUUGGCCUGCCAGUAUGAUCUGGCCUCAGAACCUCGUGACUUGCACGGUUCUGAACACCCUACACGCCGAAGAGGACGAGGGCCGAGGAGGCAUCUCGCGGUACCGCUACUUUAUGUACGUGGUAUUGGGCGCGUUCUUUUUCUUUUUCUUGCCAGGGUAUCUCUUCACUGCGCUGUCGAUAUUUUCAUGGAUAUGCUGGAUCCGUCCUAACAACAUCCCAGUAAACCAGCUUUUCGGCGUUGCGAAUGGUCUGGGUAUGGGUAUUGUGACCUUUGACUGGACUCAAAUUACAUGGGCCGGUAACCCGCUGAUGGUGCCGUGGUGGGCAUCGAUCCAGACCUUCGCUGGCUUCGUGUUCUUCUAUUGGAUCAUCCUGCCCACGCUCUACUACACAAACACAUGGCACCUUGCGCACCUUCCGAUGUUAGCUAACACGCCAUACGAUCGCUAUGCGCAGCCAUACAACGUCUCACGCGUGCUAAACUCAGAUCAGACACUCAACGUUCAAGGAUUCAACGACUACUCGCCGCUGUAUCUACCCGGCGGGUAUGCCGUCACCUAUCUGAUUGCCUUCAUCCUCUCGUCCUGUGUUAUUGUACACACGAUCCUCUACUACGGCAAGAACCUCAUGAACGGCUUCAAGCGUAUCAAGAUUGAGAAGGAUGAUAUCCAUGCGAAGCUCAUGCGCUCCUACCCGGAGGUGCCCGAUUGGUGGUACCUUGGGGUAUUUGCGGUCUUCCUGGCUCUCAUGAUUGUUGCGCAGGAGGUGUGGCAGACGGGGUUGCCAGUCUGGGCGCUUCUCCUCUCCCUCGCACUCCCGGUGUUGUACACACUUCCAGCGGGUUUCAUCUUCGCGACGUCAGGGCAAUCUGUGGCAUUGAACCUCCUUGCGCAAAUUAUUCCUGGUGGCCUCCUGCCUGGCAAGCCCAUCGCGAACAUGAUUUUCAAGGGUUACACCAUCCAGACGCUCGCUGAGGCGCUGUCGUUUGUUCAAGAUUUGAAACUGGGUCACUACAUCAAGGUUCCGCCACGCGCAACAUUCAUCGUGCAAUCCACUGCGACGCUAUUUGCGGCGUUCAUCCAAGUGGGUGUGAAACAGUGGAUGUUCUCCAGCAUUCCCGAUAUAUGCCAGCCAGACCAGCGCAGUCGACUUACAUGCCCGCAUAACCAAGUGUACUACACUGCCUCGGCGAUCUGGGGUCUCCUCGGCCCAAGUCGCCAAUUCGGCAAGAGCUCCAUUUACUAUCCGCAGGUGUACGCCGUCAUCGUCGGCGUGUUCCUUCCCAUACCAUUCUGGUAUUGGCAGCGCAAAUACCCUAAUAGCUGGAACACGUAUAUCAGCACGCCGAUCGCGCUCAAUGCGGUCACGUACGUUCCGCCUGCGACGGGUAUUAACUACUCGUCCUGGAUCACGGUCGGAUUCAUCUUCCAGUACUGGAUCAGGCGACGCAACUUUGCGUGGUGGAGCAAGUUCAACUAUGUCACGAGUGCGGCUUUGGAUAUCGGCACCUUUGUAUCCCUGCUAUUUAUCUUCUUCACCCUACAAUUCCCGAGAGGUGGCUCGAUUCAGGUGAACUGGUGGGGUAACAGUGUGUGGGAAAGAACCGCAGACUUCCUGAAUCUUCCACUGAGGCAGACUAGUCCUGAAGGCUUCUAGGACACGUCGGCUUGUACAAGAUUCUGUAUUUUAACAUGUCCCUUGCCCUUCUUCCUUUCAGCGUUCGCGAGGCAUACGGGCUGGGCGCCCAGACGGACAGAGCGGGUAUUAUAUUCCGCUCGAGCACGUUAAACACAUCGACUCGGCAUAUCACACCGACCCUGCAUUCGCUCCUUGCUCAUUAUAUCUCGAUCCAAUCUCGUCUUGUGAUCUAUCCUCUCGCUCUUGUGGCUCCUGCGUUCCCCUUGGAUCGUGUUUAUGUGUCUCUAGUCCCAUCACACGCGCCCGAGUCCCCCUCCGUCUUGCAUCAAAGUCUUCCGUUUGCUUUCCUGCAACAUUUAACUACCCACGUUCAAACAAGCCCUUCAUUAGAUACCAUACAUUAUAUGAUCCUACAUUCCCACAUGGAUCUCGUCCUGUCUGCCGACCUUUUUUCUUUAUAUUUGUCAGGCACGACAGUAUUGGUUCUCAGUCUCUGUUUCUCUCCUCGUUUCUGUACCUAUCUUUUCUCGUAUUGGUAUUCCUAGGCAUAAAGUGUAAAACGC